AUGUCUGCUGAAGAUCUGGGGACGAGGGAGCUGGGGCAGGUGAGAAGCCAGAGGUUGGAUGAGCUCCUCACCACUCUCCGAUUGUUACACAACCCAUCCUCAAACUCAAAAGUCGGUGUACCUGCACUGGACAGACUGCUUGCAAACCACACUACACGAUUCGACCCUACAAACCUUUCUGCCAUACCUGCACCUCCAAUCAUCGAGAUCACCAGUCCUGGUUCCAAGUCUGGUAAGACCGAGUUCUUGUACUGGAUAAUCGCAAAUCUGGUACUGGAAAGUGGUGCACAAGAUCCACUUAAUCAGGCAACCGAGUCCGCGAAAGAUGAUUCGAAUGAACAGCAAGAUCAUGCCAAAGACACUACAACCACAGACCCAGAAGCUAGUAGAGAAGACGACACAGACCUUCAAACCACACAACAAGCACAACACCCAAACACCCACAUCCCAGCACCAUCCAAGGAAACUUCCCACUCAGCACCAACAGCAAUAGCCCUCCUCUCCAGCACGCCCAUUUCCUUACCCCGACUCUCCCAAACCCUUCUCCACCACAUUCUCUCCGAAUCACCCAACCUCCCCCUUUCCACCGCCCAACAAAUCAUUCACGCUCAUCUUCAACACAUCCACAUUUUUUACCCUUCCACCAUAUCCUCUUUAAUCGCCACUGUAUCCUCAUUACCUACCUACUUUCUCUCGCCCUCAAACCCCAGUUUCUGCAAAAGAGUAGGAGGUAUAUUUAUCUCCACCCCCAGCACCUACUUCUGGGACGAUAAAGCCGCUUCUACUCCACCAACUUCAGCUUCAAAAUUCCCAGCUCUGGCUUCU